AUGUUGAGCAAUCUGCUGAGCGAGUUUCCGGGUCAGCUGAGCACUGUCCUGGUUCUGAAUCUUGUCCUGCCAAUCGCAGUAAUUACUCUUAUUCGCCCAUUUGCUCAGAAACUCUUGUUCCAGUUUCGGCUGCGAAGCCUCCCGUUAAUCAAUGACCCCGGCCUGUUUCAGUCGGGUAACCAGUCAAAACAGACCUUUCUAUGGAACGCACAGGGGUUGCUAGACGAAGGUUUUACCAAGGCAAGCAAAGCGUUCCGUGUUGAGACCGACAACGCUGAAGUGCUGGUACUGUCACCCAAGUAUGCCGAUGAGAUCCGUAAGGAUGAUCGAUUCAGCUUCACUCAUUUGCUCCAUAAGGACUUCCUGGGACAUAUCCCGGCCUUUAUCAAUUUCAACCCGAGUAAGGGGUUGAAUGACAUGGCGAAUGAUGUGAUUCAGGCGAAGGUCACCCCGUCGCUGGGAUUGGUCACCGAGGAUCUGUCAGAGGAAGGGACCUUGACAUUCAAGGACCAGUGGACGGAUAACCCAGAAUGGCAUCAAAUUCAUUUGAAGACCACGCUUCUUGAGAUCGUUGCACGCCUCUCAUCUCGAGUGUUUCUGGGACCGGAUAUUUGCCGGAACCCUGCCUGGCUCCGAAUCACCAUCGACUACACAAUCAAUGUCUUUUUCGGCGUCAUGGCCCUCAAGAAAUGGCCCGUAUUUAUUCGCCCAUUGAUCUGGCGUUUUGUGCCCGAGGUCAGCAAAGUCCGCUCGCAGAUUGAGGAAGCCGUUCGAAUCAUCCGACCGGUGGUUGACAAGCGAAUGGCCGAGCAUGCGGCCGGAUCCGAGAAGACAUACAACGACGCCAUCCAAUGGGCCAUUGAGCUUUCCAAGGGGAGACCCUACGAUCCCGCGCUGCUGCAACUGGGGUUUUCUUUGGCAGCCAUCCAUACGACCACGGAUCUUCUAAGCCAGGUCAUCUAUGAUCUCUGCGCGCAUCCGGAAUACAUAGAGCCGAUGCGUGAAGAAAUCCGAACAGUGCUCAAGGAAGAAGGAAUGACGAAGCCUGGGCUCUUCAAAUUGAAACUCAUGGACAGUGUAAUAAAAGAAACCCAGCGCUUUAAACCGGGCGCAAUGCUCCUGAUGCGUCGUCUGCUGCUGGAAGACGUCACUCUCUCCGACGGAACCUUCCUCCCAAAGGGCGUCCAGAUCGGCAUUCCAAUCCAAAUGCAUUUUGACGAGUCAUCCUACACAGAGCCCGAGAAAUUUGACGGCUACCGAUUCGUAAAAAUGGCGGAUGAUCCUAAGAAAGAGAAAUUCCGCCAUCUGGUUUCGACCAGCCCUGACCAUCUCGGGUUCGGCCACGGCAAGCAUGCUUGUCCUGGACGAUUCUUUGCGGCGAAUGAGAUCAAAAUUGCUCUUGUUCAUAUUCUGAUGAAGUAUGACUUUAAAUUACCCGAGGGAACCACGCCCGCGGUGAUGAAAAUGGGGUGGGUAUUAAGCUCGGAUUCGAACGUUCAACUGUUGGUGAGAAGGAGACAAGUCUCGGAGGAUGUUCUUCUUUAG